GGACAUCAGGAACUCUGCAGGGGACACUGUGGGGACACCAACGGCCCUUUUGGGGACCUGCUGGGAUGGUCCUGGUGGCCUCGGGGACAUCGGGAAACCUUUUAGGGACACCAGGGACCCUCCUGGGGACAUUGGAGACCCUCCUGCGUUGGUCACGCGGGGGUUGGGGACAUCAAGGGUCUCUUUGGGGACAUCGGGGACCCUUCUGGGGACCCUUCUGCCCCAGCCAAUCAGCGCUCUCGUUCCCGAGCUCAGCAGCCAAUGGCAGCACAGGACGGGCGGGACUUCUGUUACCAUGGGAACGCGCAGCGGGGUCUCCAUGGCAACAGGCCAAGGCUUCCGGGUUCAUGUUCCCGCCCAUGGCCGCUCUCAGCCAAUCAGCGCUCGCGGAGCUCGGCGAAACAGCCAAUGGCGAUGUAGAAAGGGCGGGAGCAGCAUUGCCAUGGGGACGGACCUGAGCGGUCGCCAUGGCAACGGGGGCGGUCGGGCCUGGGGCGGGAAAAGGUUAAAAAAGGGAAUAAAAAACCCGGGAUUGGUGUGGGCUGGGAGAGACUGAGGGGCCUUGGGGACAGCAGGGACCCCCUGGGGACAGCGGGACCCUUCCUGGAUGGGCAUGAGGCCUUCGGGGACCCUGACUGACCCUGCUAAGACCCAAUGGCCCCUCAGGACCCUGAUUUACCCUGCCAGGAUCCCAUUUCCCCCUCAGAACCCUUUCAGACCCUCAUUUGCUCUUCCAGGACCGGUCCGGACUGCAUUAACCCCGACCUAAGGCUCCCCUUACCCUUUCAGGACCUCAUUUACGCCUCCUAAGUGCCCAUUUCCCCUUCCAGGAUCCCAUUUCCCCUUCCAUGCCCUGAUCCCCUCCCAGCCCCGCCCACCUCUCCCGGAUACGCCCUCCCAUUGGUCGGAAGGGGUGGCGGGACCCGGGAGCCACCGCCUCUGAUUGGCUGAGGCGGGAGCGCGGAAAAGCGGCGGCGGGGGCGCCUUCCCGGCGUGCACCGCGCGGGGGAACCGGGAGAGACUGGGAGGGGAACUGGAAGGUCGCCGAUGGCCGAGCCCCGCCCGGGCCCUCCCAGUGCUCCCAGUGCCCCCCAGUGCUCCCAGCUGCACCCUCCCAGUCUGGAGGGGCUCAUCCCCCCCUCGCACUUUGUGCUGCGCCCCAGGUCCCUGGGGGCGGAGCUGGAGGCAGAAAGGGGGCGUGUCCAAGAACUGGAGGCAGAGCUGAAAGCGCUGAGGGGGCGGAGCCAAUGCCUGGAGGCGGAGCUGGAGGCAGAAAAGGGGCGGAGCCGAGUCCUGGCAGCGGAGCUCAGUGUCCUGAGGGGGCGUGGCCAGCGCCUGGAGGCGGAGCUGGAGGCAGAAAAGGGGCGGAGCCAAAUCCUGGAGAUGGAGCUGGAGACACUGAGGGGGCGGGGCCUUGGCCCUGAGGGGGCGGAGCCAAGCCCGGAGCAGGUGCUGCUAGGCCGCUGGCGCCAGAAGGUUUUCCAGCUGCUGCUGCAGGUGAGGCUGCAGCGGGGCCAGGAGCUGCAGCUGCAGGGACAGGUGCGCUCCCUGGGUGCUGCAGUGGCUGCUGGGUCCCGCCAGGUGUCGCUGUUGGAGCUGCGGCUGCGCCAGGCGGAGCAGGAGAGACAGGCCCUGUCCCAGGAGCGGCUCCGGGCGGAGGCGGCCGAGGAGGAACUGGGGAAACUGGGCCAGGCCCUGAGCCGGCUGCUGGGAACACUGGGUGUGGCCCUGGCCGAUGUCACCAUGGCCAUCGGGGCCCUGGGGACCCUCAGUGAGCGCCUGGGACAGGCCCAGCACCAACUGCGGGUGCUGGUGGCCUCGGGGCGGCUCCGAUGGCAGUGGGAGCCAGAGGGGACAGCGGGGGACAGCGGCGCGGUGGCCCCACAGGUGACAUCGGAGCAAGUGACAGGGUGGCACCGAGGAGACACCGGGGGUGGCUCUGUCCCCAGGCUGUCACCCUCGUGUCCCCCCCAGGCCACCAAGGGCGGGGACAGGACCCGGCCACGCCCAGGCACAGUGUCCCCAACGUGUCCCUGCAGUGUCCCUGGCCCCACUGGUGACGCAGCUCCAGGCCCUCGGUGCCGCCAUCCUUGGGGACAUCGGGGACCCCGCGGUGCCAGCGCCCCUCUGGGCACACUGGUGACAUCACUGCGGACACAGGCUAGAGUUCUCAAUUGUGUGAGCGCUUUUGAUGAGGCAACCCCUGGGGCAAAAAGUGAGGCUACUACUACAGAGGCACGCCCCCACAAUGACACUGUAUCUUUACAAUUAGGGUCCAUUUGGAGAACACUGCGUUUGGCUCGUUGAGCCUUCUGAGGCAAUUCGAGAACCUGAUGUACGGUGGGAGCAAAAAGCGUCAACCUACCGAUAUAACAUGGGCCUCCCCUAGCAUUUUGUGGGACUGCUGACCAGGCUCGGUCCCCACAAAUGAGGAAGGUUCCUGGGGGCAGUUUUCCUGCACCACCUCUUGGCGGUGUCACAGAUUGAGUAGAAUUGUUACAAUAUUCUGAAUAGUUGUAAUACAAUGGUGAUCUGGGAGACAACCAAGUGUCGUCAUCUGUCAAUUUUCCAUUUUCUUGAGUUGGUUUGGUAGCAUAAGAUCCAAAUAUUAAACAGUAAUUCCCUGGGACAGAACCCAAAAGAUCGAAUUCUUGAAGACUGUCAUCAGUAAAUUUAAGGUUUUGCACAAAUGCAACAGCUUGCGCUCCCAGAGUGCUAUUUAGAUUUAUUUGAGCUCGGGUCCAAGUUUUGAACUCUGCCAUGGGACCCAACGAGACUCCAAUUAAACAAUACGAAAGGGGUUAGACGGUGUGGCUAACGACAGGCAGAAUGAAUCUUGCCUGGUUUGUUUGGCCCAAGUGAUCCACAUAUUUUCUCUCUUGUCAAUGUCAAGGAUUCCAGAUACUUCAAGAACCAAAACACUGCUUAAUAAAAACAUUGAGGCCCACCACA